GUACCCUCUUUUUUGUCGUCCGUAGUUCCUGCUCAGAACGGCGAACACAGCUGAUUUGUUAGUGUUUGUUUUUUGUUACUUGUUUGUUAGUUUACUUACAGAGUUAGUUGUUACUUACUGCAUUUAACUGAAAGGAGUACUACGAAACAACAUACCGCAUCGAUUUUCGCUUUAGAUAAGAGAUAGAUGCCAAAGUUUUACUUAACAAAUUGCCAACCCACUAGCUAGUUGCUGUUGGUUUAAGUUUUUCGCUUGUAUUACGAUCCCAGUUAAUUUUCAUUUAAUAAUGUAUUAAUUUCAUCAGACUAGACAGAGUGUUCCUACUGAGCAAUAUCAGUAAACUUACAAAUAAUAAAUAUUUCAAGCGUGAGUAAUGGCACGAUAUGUGUGUAUUUGUAUUUUAAUAGGUCUGUUUACUGUAUUUUUGAAUUCAUUAGCAGAAGAAAAUUCUGAUGUUCCAUUAUCAAAUGAAGAGUUAGUUGCAAGAGGUGAAGUUCAGAGCUGCAGAGGUUGUUCAUUAAACAGGCUGCCAGAUGUAAAAUCUUUCAUUUACAGUGAUUUACCUAAAUACCGAGGUGUAGAGUUCCACCCUAUACAUGGAGCAGUUCCUCACCUUGUUUUAUUUGAUGAGUCAGAUAAGGAGCUGGAUAGAAUAAACCUGUCUUCUCUGUCUCGUGAUGAAUGCAAUGAGCUGGUUCGCAAAUGGUUCUCGCUGAAAGAGGAGGAAACCGAAACGACUGCAAGUGGAAAAGUUCAUGGAGAACUCUAAUUAGUUUUAAUUUAGUCUUGUAAUGAAAAAAUCAACAGAUAAAACACAGUUAAAUAAACAGUUCAGUUGAUAAUUUGUGAGACAAGCUCUCCUACUUCUGCAGCAUACAAUAUAUAUAUUGUGUUCAUUGUUUGUACUGUAGUAUAUUUUGUUUGUACACUUUCAAUCAUAGAGUACACAAAGCACAUUCUAAAAACUAAAACACCAAAACACCAAACUGGAGGUUGGCAAUACAUUUUAUGAAAAAUGGAAAUGGAGCACAAAUUAAUUUAAUUUUUAACCUAUAAAUCUAUAUUAUUUGAUGUUUUGUGAUAUAUUUUAUGAACAGAAACUUAGUUGCUUUUUGUUAAAAAUUUUUAAAAUAGUUUUUUAUUCUGUUUGGGUGUUUAUAAUUAUAUUGUUUUUUAGUGGUUCCUAAAUUACAGACUUUAUUAUAAUUCACAAUACAUUGUUUUAAAUAUAAUAUUUUGUCAGAACCAAAA